AUGGCAGAUGGAUGUGCGGUACAGUUGACAGCUCCCAACGGGGUUACUUUUCCCCAGCCAACUGGCCUCUUCAUCGGCGGGCAAUGGGUGAAGUCUUCACUUGGGAAAACGAUUACAUCUAUCGACCCCUCUACUGAGAAGCCUAUAGUAGCUGUGCAAGCUGGAUCUGUGAAAGACAUAGACGACGCCGUGAGCGCAGCUCGCAGAGCACUUCAAGAUCCCAGUUGGCGUGACCUCCCAGAAACCUGGGAUAAUGGAAAGCCAUACUCAGUUUCCCUCAAUGAAGACAUGGGCGAAGUUGCAGGUACCCUGAGGUAUUAUGCUGGAUUUGCAGAUAAGGUCUUUGGUCAAGUCAUCGAAACCACAGCGGAUAAGUUUGCUUAUACAAUACGUGAGCCUAUUGGGGUAUGCGGGCAGAUCAUCCCUUGGAACUACCCCUUGGCCAUGGCAGCCUGGAAGUUAGGCCCUGCCCUUGCUUGCGGCAAUACGGUGGUCUUGAAGCCAGCCGAGCAAACACCACUUUCGAUCCUCUAUUUUGCCAAUCUCGUCACACAAGCCGGAUUCCCCCCUGGCGUUGUAAACAUAGUCAAUGGCUUCGGCGCCGAGGCUGGCAAGGCGCUGGCGUCGCAUGAGGACGUCGAUAAGAUCGCCUUUACAGGCUCAACAGCAACCGCCAAGGACAUAAUGAGAAUGGCAGCAAGCAACCUGAAAAACAUCACACUCGAGACCGGUGGUAAGAGCCCUCUCGUCGUAUUCGAUGAUGCGGAGUUGGAGAACGCCGUGGAAUGGGCACAUGCUGGUAUCAUGUCAAACCAAGGUCAAAUUUGCACGGCCACGUCUCGCAUUCUUGUACAAGCCGGGAUCUUUGAUCAAUUCAUGGAGGCAUUCAAGAAGCAAGUCAGAAAUGUUUCCACUGUUGGCGAUCCCUUCGACUCAAACACAUUUCAAGGCCCCCAGGUCAGCAAGGCGCAGCUUGAUCGUAUCAAAGAUUUCAUCAGUGUUGGGAAAGCCGAAGGUGCCAAUCUCGAGAUGGGAGGCCAGCCUCAAGCCACUGCAGGCGGGAAAGGCUACUUUAUUCAGCCUACCGUCUUCACUGGGGUCAAUCCUCAAAUGCGGAUAUUCCAAGAGGAAGUGUUUGGCCCGUUUGUGACGAUCAGCAAGUUCGAGUCAGAAGAGGAAGCGGUAGCGCUGUGCAAUGGUACCCAGUACGGUCUUGGAAGUGCGGUCUUUACGACUAAUCUGACCAAAGCCCAUCGGGUUGCCCGUCGCAUCGAAGCAGGAAUGGUAUGGAUCAAUUCGAGCAACGAUAGUGACUGGCGUAUUCCUUUUGGGGGUGUCAAGCAAAGUGGCAUCGGCAGGGAACUCGGCGAGGCCGGGCUCGAGGCAUACUCAACAGUCAAAGCUAUACAUGUCAACAUGCGGUCAAAAUUAUAG